AUGCCUUCCCCUCGCGGAUUGCGAUUACUUUCGCUCGAUGGCUGGGGAAUCCGAGGAAUAUCAGAGCUGUUCAUUUUGCAAGAAAUGAUGGAACGAGUGAAGGCCUUGAACAACCUUGAAACCGUACCUCGCCCCUGCGAGUGGUUUGAUAUGAUGGCAGGUUCAAAUACCGGAGGAAUUAUUGCUCUCCUACUUGGACGCCUCCGAAUGUCUGUAGAUGAGGCUAUAGUUGCAUGUACGUCUCUCUGCGAGCAAGUCUUGUCGGACACGCGAUGGAUCAGCGCACAACAGUACAAGACAUCAAAGCUGGAGGAGGCGUUAAAGGAGAUUGUUCGAGCGAAGACGGGUAGUAGCGAGACUAGAAUGAUGAUACGGUCGAACUGCAAAGUAUUUGUUUGCUCCAUGUCCGCUCAUCAUGUGGCGAGGGACGUCCCUCGCCUCUUUCGCACUUACAUAGACGGUACAGGUGCAAACGAAAGCUACGACUGCACGAUCUGGCAGGCCGCUCGCGCGACGUCUGCUUUCCCUGCGCUUUUCAAGCCGAUCAAAAUAGGGCCGCCAGGUCUCAUGGAGCCACAUAUCGAUGGUGGACUAGGAUGCAACAAUCCCCUUGACAUACUCUUCGAAGAAGCGUACAGGAAUUGGCCAGAACGUCAUGUCAACUGCAUUGUCAGCCUUGGAGCGGGACAGUCGCACCCCGUUUCCUUCCUCUCCGCAGAUCUCAAAAAUGCUCUGUUGGAGAUCACUCUGGACUGUGAGAGCACUGCGAACGAAGCAGAGCUGCGUUUCCGAGAGGCUCCCGACGUCUACUUUCGCUUUUCUGUAUCACAGGGCAUGCAAGCCAUUGACCGCUUCGACUGGGAUCAAGUCGACACGAUACAUUCGUCCACAGUCCGAUACCUCCUCUCAGAACCGGUCACCGAGAAAUUCGCAGACGCGGUCAAAGUCGUGGGCACGCGCCAGCUGGGGAAAAUCUCUACGGCAAGACUGCGACGAUUUCAACCCUCCAUAUUCGACAGCCAAUCCAUCUCACCGAGUACUGGUGAUGGCCACGAUACAUUUUCUCUUCCAGGCGAUUAUGUCCGUUUGGACCCAAGGAACUCGUCGAACAACCCCAUCCGAACUCUUAUCCUGACAGCACGACGGGCUAGGGUGCUUCCAGUCAGAGAAGCGCAAAAACUGCAUAUUUUUAAAACUGCUAAGCUCUUGUUGCAACUGCAGCAGAGCCAGAAAGCGGAGGCAUUGUUUCGCGAAGUACUUGCUUCGGACAAACCAAUCUUUGGGCCUUACCCGUUCUCGUUGGAAGUGAAGUACAACCUGGCGCGCGCUGUUCUGCAACAGCACAGGUACCGAGAAGCGGAACGGUUGUUCAAGCAGGUGUGGAAGGCACGAAAAGUGAUACUGGGAAGCGAGCAUUUGGACACGCUGCGAGCUGCGAACUGGCUGGCGAUGUUAUAUCGACAUCGCGGUCAGUGGUAUGAUGCAGAGUUCGUAUACCGAGAAGUCCUCAAACAUCGGUCGGAAGUUCGCGGAGAUGCUCAUCCCGGAACAUUGCAUCUCAGACACUACGUGGCACUGGCCCUCCUUGCCCAGGGCAAGACAGAGGCAGCGGAGUCCGCAUGUAGAGAGCUGUGGGCAGCGCGAUGUACAGUGCUCGGAGAAGAGCAUCGAGACACCUUGCGCACCUAUCACGAUCCCGCAAUCAUACUCGCUCGAUGGGCGGACAAUUUGCGAGCAGAGGAGAUUCCUUUGAUAGAAGCGAAAAAGAAAUCGGAGGAAGAUGCAGGGAAGAAGUUGACAGAGGCGGAAGGGAUCUUGAGAAAGGUUUUGGCAGCACGAAGAGAGGUGUACGAAGAGGGACAUCCAAGCGCUCUGUGCACCGAGCAUGGCCUCGCGUUCGUGCUUCAUCGACAAGGGCGGAAUGAGGAGGCAAAGGAGAUUUACACAGAAGUGCUGGCCUCGCGAAGGAAAUUCCUCGGAGAGGACCAUGAGGACACCAUACUGACUAAACAAUGCAUGGCAGUUUUGGUAUUGAAGCAGGCCGGAUAUGCCACGCAAUUGCAGCUUCAGACAGAGAGGUCUAUGGAGGGUUUGGAAGGAGUUGAUGUUGCUGAAUUAGAUACAUGGAAGGAAAUCAUGGAUGCGGGUCGAUCUGAUACGGUACAGGAUGAUGUCGCCAGGAGAGUUUUAGACAUCGGUUUCUGGUCGGUGCUGUGGAUUCAUAUUCUACCUGGGGACAGCGACUCGGAAGCUUGA